AUGAUAACCAUUGAUUUAAAUCGGUUUGAAUUACUGGAUAUACUUGCACAUCAACAACGGAAUACCUCUUCAACAUCCGAUCACAACACAGAUACUGGUUAUUAUGGUGAGGGAAUGAAUUUCAUAUCAUCGUAUUUUCUCAAAGCCAAUGCUCCAUUCCAAUUGAGACCAUCGCGUCUGUCAACUAGAUAUAAGCUAGGUGAGCUUUUCCUUAACAUAAGAAUAUCUCUUCUGCCCAAGGUUUGGCUUUUCCUUUUUCCCUCAUUGGCUUUCUUUGAAUUCAUGGUCUUAUUACUGACAUGGGCUCUUGUAUUUCCGACAUCUACUAAUGAACUGAACGGUUUGUUUGACUGGCUGUAUUCUUUGAACAUCAGUAACAAAAAUGACCUUCUCUACUAUUUGGAAUUUUCUAGUAUGAUUUCAUUCAUACUUGCAGUUAGCUCCUUAGUGUUUAGAUUAACACCUAGCAAAAUCACAGACAUUUCCAAAAGUCGAAAUAUUGAGGAAGCAUUCCAAGAGCUAAAGAAUAUAGAUUUAAUUGAAGAGGCAAAACAAAAGAAAACAGAUGGGAUGGGUAGUGAUAUCGCAAGGAAGAACCAGUUCAAUAUUAUUGAUCUACCAGAACGCCACCAAUUGGAUAUCAUUCAACUUGUUUGUGGAAGAACGUCACCAUUCGUUGUUUCAAUAGGUUUGGAUCACCGUGUGUUGAUAUGGUCCCCUCUUAUUAAACCUACUAUCCCAGAACCUAUAAAUAUUAGCUCCAAGGCGUUGUUGCUCUCGAAUAAUAGCGAGUUUUGGCCCAUAAAUUAUAUUGACAUGAGUGAGGAAGGUGAUUACAUUGUGUUGUUAAAUUAUCGGUAUAGAUUGAUGAAGUUAUUCUCAAGGAAAAGCUUACAAUUCCUUUGGGAAAUUCAAUUGUCGCCUACCAAGGAUGGUUCAAAGUUCAAAGUCUUGGAAUCCUUUUUCCGAAAGAGAACAGUCCCAGGAUUUUUAGCUCGAAAGAUUCUUGAAAAGAACAAGAGUUCUACUUCUAAAUCCAAAACUUUCCAACAAGAUGAUUUUGUCAUGGUUCUACAAACAGGUGAGUUGAUCAGUGUGUCAUGCAGUGAUGGAACAGUUAAGGUGAUGAAUAUUAUUGAUGAUGUGUACAAGAAAAAGGCACAAGGUGCCAUCAAGAAGAAGUAUGACAUGGGGCCAACAGAACUAGAUGAUUUAAAUUCUACAGUGCGUCUCAAUAAUGCAAAAGCUUUAUUCACUCCUCGUGUUAACGACAGAAUCGUAUGCAAUGCUACUAAUUCUGAUAUAUUCGUGGGUGUAACUGUGAACAACAGCUGGAAAUUCCGGAAAUUGACUCUUCGAGAGGGGGAAUUCAAUAAGGGUAUUACUGAUCACAUGUACAUACCUCCACCUCUACAACCAAUGCGUUCGAGACAGAACUCCAUUGAUGUUGAUUUUGCUAGUAUAGCUAGAGAAGAACAGAGAAUCAAACAACAAACUAAGCAGUAUUUCAUUGAGCUGCAUCAGAAAUCAAUUACUUAUGACGAUUCAUCGGUAGUGCAGAUAAAUAUGCCGGCAAUUGUUGUCGUGGAAUUUGUGGGUAUGGUAGUCAGAUUAAAAAACAUGGUUGCAGAGUUGAUUGAUAUACAGAGUGGUAUUAUUAUUAGGACAUUUGCAUUGGGUAAUAUAAAAUCAAAUCUGUUGCGUGUGACUCAUUCUGAGCCUACUCAUUGCAGAUUCUGUGGAUGUGCAUCUGUUCAAUCGUUCCUGAUAAUUUAUCAGGAAGAGGGUACUAAAAGAUUGAUCGUUCACACGUUUAGGAUAGACGAGAAGAGAGCAAAGAGCAAUAUCUGUUUGAGAGUUGAAAGAGAUCCUCGAGAAAUCAGAUGUCUUGGGUUCAAUGCAGCUGUUGAACAUCAGUUUUGGUUCAAUAAUGUCGAAGCAUGGGAGUCUACCGAUGUAAACAUGAUUAUUGGUUUACGCAGAGAGACAAGUUGUGAUGACGAUGAUAUCAAUAGUGACGUUGAUCAUUAUGAUAAUUCUAAGCAAAGUUUUCUGACAGGAAUGGUAGCUACAAACUCCAGAAAUAUCAUUGACUCUACAAAUGGUCUUCUGCUGGUUAGAAACAGACGUGCUUUGAUUUCUGAAGCUCUACAAACGCCGGAAAAUGGUUCAUCAAAUAAUAGCAAAGUUACUUCUCCUGUAACUGGAAAACGAUCUGGAAAAAUGGAAGGUUUUAUCAUUACAAACAUUGAUGGUAAACUCAUUCCCUAUGAAAUACCUCCAAGCAGUACACCUGAUUAUAAUAACAUACAGUUGAUCACAUGCAUACAUCAGUUUGGAUACAAGAGUGUUGCUUUUAACAUCAACAACAAGUUAAGGAUCUUGUACCUUGGAAGCGACAAGUUGAUUGAAAGAAACUUGUAUUAUUGUGGAACACAGGCAACAAUGGGUCUGGUUCUUAAAGGUUUACCUGGUACAGAUUCUGCCAAUGUUGGACCCUCUUCACCAACUGGAGGAAAAACCAGUGAUUUGUUGUUUAUCAAUAAGAGAAGAAGGAUGCAGGAAAGGAAAUUGAAUGUUUAA